AUGUUAGAAGCCGAAGGCGACGAUCAAGAUCAAGGUCAUGGAGACGGCGCCGUUCCAGGUGUAGCUUUGCAGAAACGCACAUCCUUUCUCAUGAAUCUGUUAUCGAGUCACGAGACUGGUGACUGGAGGAAUCCUGGAAAUACUUUGUAUGUUACAGGCCUUCCCGGUUGGGCAACUGAGAGGAAUCUUCGGGAGCUUUUCAGAACACAGGGAGAGGUUAUUGACUGUCACUUGAUAAGAAAUUAUUCGACCAAUGAAUCUUGUGGAUAUGCUUUUGUCACUAUGGCAACUAAAGCUGAUGCUGAGCGCUGUAUCCAGUAUUUCCAUCACUCUGUUCAUUUUGGUCGAGUGAUAGUUGUGGAAGUGGUAAUAUUUAGCUACUGGUUUCAGAAUGAGUCUAACCAAAAAUUUCUACUUUCCGAUAAACAUUCCCUGAUAAGUUUUGGCAGCAGGUCUUCUCUGUUGGUUUUACCCUGUCAUUAG